AUGUCUCUAUCCAAUAUCUUCUCUUGCUGGAUUCCUUCAUGGCUACGAAAAGAAAAACAUGCUUUCCUAUUGGAUAUGCCUGAUGUUGUCACAAAUGAAAUAUUGAAAAACCUUGAUUUCGUGUCAAUUCGAAAGCUUCGAAGAGUGUGCCACGCGUUCCGUGACUACAUUGAUUGUGGGAAAGCAGACAGUAACUUGAAAUCCAUCGAUCUACAAGUGGGAGCAAAUAAGAUUUUUUUUCAGUUACUUUCACCAUCCUCACAAUCAAAGAAAGAUAUCGAGUUCUCUAACAAAGAAGUUGAUGAUUUCCUGCGGACAGCAUUGAAACACCGAAAAUCGCUACUGAACGAGCUAUGUGUCAGGCGAAAGUGGCAAUUCGAUGAUGUGCCAACUUUUGAAAAACUAUUUGAUUGUUUUAUCAAUGUUUUGGAAUCAAGAAAUCGUUUACUUCGAGUUGAAUCUCUGACGAUUUCGGUACAUGGACAAGAUCAACUGAUGCAUUUGCUUCGUCAUGUUGAUUUGAAAGUUUUAAGACGUCUGACAGUGUUCAGACUGUUAAAAAGAGGCAGUAGUUAUGAAAACACGGUCGUAUUGGAUCUCGACAUACUGAAAGACUGUGAAAAUUUGGAAAACCUUCUAGUGGAACGCUUCCCCGUUUGCUCUCCAUUUGGAAUGCUGACUCAUAUUCCAAACCUAGAAGUUUACAUGCAAACAAUCUGCUGUGAAGAUCUAUUACUUUACAAACAUACUCUAGAGAAUUCGCACGUCAAUGCUCACUCGCAAAUCUGGUUUGAACAAUUUCCCGACAAAUCUCGUUUUUUGGAAGCUGUCGGAUUGGCGGAAAAUGACGGUCAAUCGUUUCAUGUCUUUCCCAGUAAACUCUCUCUAACAUACGAUCCGAAUUUGAAAGUUAUGAUCUUUAAGUUGAAGCAUAUUUCAUAG